CUCCGCCCAGCCCCGCUCCAACAUGGUGGAUGAAGUAACCACCAUGAAGGAUGACGUCAUCAACGCCAACACGCUGGCUUGGCUGGUCUGCUCGGGCGUGUCCAUCCUGGCCAACACUUGGAGCAUCCUCAGCGUCAGUGCCAAGCAGAAGAAGUGGAAGCCGCUAGAGUUCCUCAUCUGCACGCUGGCGGGCACGCACAUCCUGAACAUGGCCAUCCCCAUCACCAUGUACUGUGUCAUAACGCUGCGCCGCCAGCACUCCAACUACGAGUGGAACGAGGGCCUGUGCAAGGUGUUCGUCUCCACCUUCUAUACGCUCACGCUGGUCACAUGCUUCUCCGUCACCUCUCUGUCUUAUCAUCGCAUGUGGAUGGUACGCUGGCCCGUGAACUACAGGUUGAGUAACACUAAGAAGCAGGCCGUCCACACAGUGAUGGGCAUCUGGAUGGUGUCCUUCAUCCUGUCGACACUUCCCGCCGUGGGCUGGCACGACACCAUCGACCGCUUCUACACCUCCGACUGCCGAUUCAUCGUCACAGAGAUCGGCCUGGGCUUCGGCGUGUGUUUUCUUCUGCUGAUCGGAGGCAGCGUGGCCAUGGGCGUGAUCUGCAUCGGCAUCGCUCUCUUCCAGACCUUCUCCAUUCAGGCCGGCCACAACGCGGACAAGAACAAGUUCAACGUCCCCACCAUCGUGGUGGAGGACGCCCAAGGGAAGCGCAGGUCGUCUAUCGAUGGAUCGGAACCGCUUAAAACAUCGCUGCAGAUCACGUACCUGAUCAGUGGCAUCGUCUUCAUCUAUGACUUCCUGACUGGCUUCCCCAUACUGGUGGUCAGCUUUACCAGUCUGAAGUUUGACCGCUCCUAUAACUGGAUGGUGCUGUGCGUGCUGUGGUGCUCCAUCGCCCAGUCCAUCCUGCUGCCCAUGUUCCUCUGGGCCUGCGAUCGAUACCGGGCCGAUAUCAGGAUGGUGUGGGAAAAGUGCGUCGCCAUCAUGUCCAACGAUGAGGUGGACGAAGGUAAAAACAGCCAAGAUGGAGGAAUUCAUGCCGACUUAAUAUAUGACAGACCAUAUGACUAUAGCUCGGCGCCUGAAAUCGUGACGGUAGACCGUAAUGCCAAGUAUGAGUUCUCAACCUUAGAAAGGGGGGUUCCGCAAGGGUAUCCAUUGAGGGAACAACAGGAAGAUAAAAUGCAGUAUUUGCAGGUUGCCCCUACAAGAAGAUACUCCCACGACGAAACCGACAUGUGGACCAGCGACCGGAUCCCCUCAUACCUUCACCGAUGGGGAUCCACCGAGGACAUGAUAGUGACUGCCCACUACAGCUCCACCUUACCGCGCCACGAGAGGCGCAGGAGCAGCCUGGUCUCCUACCACGAGGAGAGCCACCAUCACCAUCACCCUCAUCGCAAGCGGCGACGCUCUGAGGAUAGUAUGCACUCUCUUAAGCACCUGCCGCGCGUGGUUUGCGGCGGGGAGCUUUACGAGGACGAACUGCGGUGUUUCAGCCGCGAUGAGGUGAUCAAUUUUAUAGAUGAGACGCCGCUGCCGAGCCCGAGGAAGAGCCCGCGGCGCACAUCUACCAUUUCACUUAUACCCAAUGUGUAUGAACAGCACACAGUCAUCCUCCCUCACUUCCCGCUCACAGACUUCGAGCGUGAGCCUCAAGCACUGAGGCGGCUCUCUGAACACAAAAGGAACAGCCAUCGAGGGAGCUCGCCUGAGGGUUCGCCAAAACCAGACAGGCAAGUCGGAAAGAAGAGUCCCGGGGCUUGUAGCUCUGGGAAAGGCUGCAGGGAGCGUGCUCAGGAUGGGAAACGGCAGGGGGAAACAUCCUCACCUGGACGCAGCCAACACACAGCCGGGCACUCCGCCUGUAGGCCACGGACAAGCCUCGGAGCUAGAGCGGGUGGUGGGUCCGAGCGGGGGCAUCAGAAGGACCUGAAAAAAGCUGAGAGUAAAGGAAGCACAAACAGUUUUGUAAGCACACCCUCGGCAUCGUCCUCGGGCUACAUCACAUUUCACUCUGACUCUGUAGGCUCCACCACCUGAAGAAAAGUUCUGCCUGUUAAUAUUAACAUUGUUCUAAUGUUAUUAUAGCAGCCACUGGAACAUCAGUGGUUAUGGAGAAGUAACAUACUGGAUUAUUUGGCCUUUUUAAUCGUGCCACUACUAUGUUUUACUAUAUAUACCGCCAACAAAUACCUGUAAUGCGUAAUGAUGUUGGAAGAUUUGGAUAUGUCU